UGGAAGGGAAGUUCUCACGCUUCGAGAGCGCAGGCGCGAGCGCACGCCGCCGUCCCCGCGCGCCCACUAGCCGUUCUGCGCCUGCGCACCGACUGCCAGCAGCUCCAAGGACCUAAGAGGACAUGACACACGUGGCACAUCACGGCCAUGGGGUCUCAACAGUCUGCCUUUACACACCCUUCCUCCUGCAAGCGAAAGAAAGAAGAUGACAGGGAGGCUUUGUUGACUGAUCUAGAGCAGGAAGAAGCCAUUGCUCAGUUCCCAUAUGUGGAGUUCACAGGGAGGGAUAGCAUCACCUGUCUCACGUGCCAAGGAACAGGCUAUAUCCCAACAGAGCAAGUCAAUGAAUUGGUGGCUUUGAUCCCACAUAGUGAUCAGAGAUUGCGCCCUCAAAGAACUAAGCAGUAUGUCCUUCUGUCGGUCCUGCUCUGUCUCCUGGCAUCUGGCUUGGUGGUUUUCUUCCUGUUUCCACAUUCAGUCCUCGUGGGUGAUGAUGGCAUCAAAGUGGUGAAAGUCACAUUUAAUAAACGGGACUCGCUUGUAAUUCUCGCUAUCACGGCCACCCUGAAAAUCAGAAACUCCAACUUCUACCCUGUGGCAGUGACUAGACUGUCCAGCCAGGUUCAGUACAUGAACACAGUGGUUGGCACAUAUGUGACCACUAACAUGUCCCUCAUUCCACCACGGAGCGAGCAACUGGUGAAUUUUACAGUGAAGGCUGAAAUGGGAGGACCGUUUUCUUAUGUGUACUUCUUCUGUACAUUACCUGAUAUCCUGGUGCACAACAUAGUGAUCUUCAUGCGAACUUCAGUGAAAAUUUUAUAUAUUGGUCACAUGACCCAGAGCUCCUUGGAGACACAUCACUAUGUGGAUUGUGGAGCAAAUUCCACUGCUGUUUAGCAUCUGUUCUCAGUUCUCCAAUGGCAGUACCUAUAGAAGAGAGCCCAGCAUCUGUUCCCAGAGCCUGAAUUCCAUACUGAUCCCAGGUGGUAUAAGAAGAAGAAGAAUUGUUUCUCUUAGUCCACAGCAAACACCCUCCUGCAACCUCCUCCCUGUAGCACCAUGUAUAUUUCUCAGAACCAGCAGAAUAUUGCCCAGUGCCUAGCCUGUGCCCAGCAAAUAGUCGGCCCUCAAUAAAGGCUUGAAGAAUUUAAUUCAAAUCUUUUUAACUGUUCUUGAGGCAUUAUAAGCUGAAAUCAUACCAUGGUUCUGGUUAUCAAAUCACAGAGUGGCGUGAAGAUAGGACUGUUAGUGCAUCUGCAGAUAUAUCAGUGCCUCGUCUGCACAGAAGUAGCAUCAGGGGGACCCCUGGAAUACCCGAAAGAAGACAGCACGGAACCACUCAAUGUGUGCAUUUGUUUGAUCUAUUCCCAAAUGCCUAGAAGCUCUUAAAAGAAAGAUUUUCUUUCUUUCUUUUCCUGUAGUCAUUUGUUUCUACCAAAAGUCUAUGUGGGGCUUGGUUUACCCUUCAUCCAUUGGCUGGAACAUGGAUUGAGGGUUUGAUAGAAAAAUAAACUGCUUUUGAUUCUU